AUGAGUGCUUGGUCCAAUGCCGCCUUGGGAAGCCUCCGUUACCUGUUCCUCGGCUCCCCACGGCCACAGACGCAGGGCAGCCGCCUCCUGCCCAGGGAGGGAAGCCCUGGCCACCGCAGCCGCCGCCACCCGCCCUCCUUCCCUCCCUCCCUCCGUCGCCCUCCCUCCCUCCCUCGCACGCUGCCGCUGGCGGGGCCCUCCCGCGGGCAACCUGCUCUGGACCAAAUCCAGUUUAGUUGUCCGGGACACAGCCCAGAAACCGCAGAGGUGUGCGGGGCCUACAGCCUCGCCCACACUGACCACCGCGCCCGGCGCACUGCACGCUCCCUCCGUACUCUGGGCUGCCGCCCCCCGACAGCCCAAACACCCAACAGACCUCAAGGUCCUUCCUACAGACUCAACAUCCGGUUGCCCAGCUCGCCGCUGACCACAGCCCAGGAGUCUGCUCUGCUCAGUCUGCAGCCGAAGUCCACACACAGUCCACCUUGUCCCUGCUCUCGCACCCUGCCCGGACACCCCUCCGAAUCCAGCCAUCUGCUGGGCUACACUUGGGCAAACCUCGUCCCCAGCAAGGGACCCACACAAAGCUCUUUCGCUAGUCUUCCCGUUUAUACUCCCCCUGUCCCCGCUUGCCGCCUUCACGUCACCUGUUCCCAAGAAGGGCUGCAUCUCCCAGCGUGUGAGCCGAGGCAAGGCCGACUGCCGGGGUGAGGUCCCAGGGAGACCAGAGGAUUAGCUGGGCUGAGCUGAGCCCCCACUGUCGGGCGGCGGGCGAGACGUCUCAGAGACCAAGGCUCUCCUUGGCGAGCUCUUGCCUUUUCCUCCAGCUCCCGCAAGUCUCAAACACACGCCGAGAGUUCAGCUCUAUAAAUCCUGCUCCCCUUUCCCAUAUCAUAAUUAAAAAAAACCAGUAGGGGAGGUUUUAACUUUUAUUGCGAUUUCUAGAGUUGGGC